AUGACGUCACAGGUGCCAUCUCGUGGUUAGGUUUGAUCUGCGUCAGUUUUGCGCAGGGGAGAUUAUCAAUUUUUAGUUCUCAAUCAAACAUGGUAUACUGCACUGCAUACAACUGCAACAAUGAUGGCAAGAAGAUGAAGUCGUUGAGUUUUUUCCAGUUUCCUUCUGAUGAAAAAUACCGCCAGAUAUGGAUAGAGAAAGUCCGUCGCGUCAACUGGGAACCUAACAAGUACUCGAGGUUGUGUUCUGCACAUUUCGAACCACACUGUUUCGUACACAACUUCAAACUUUUUGAGUCUCUGGGUCUUCCAAAACCGAAAAAGGCCACUUUGAAGCACGAUGCCAUUCCUACCAUCUUUGAUUAUGAAGAGAGGACAACAAAACCAUCGAACGAGCUAACCUUGUCUCGUAAACGAAAACACGAGAAUUCUACGAGUAAUACGCCUUGGAAAGGAAGAAAGGUCCUUGAGGUGAUAGAUUUCAACUCGCUUCUGGACGACUAUUUAAAGGGCCUUCAGUCUGAAGAAGAUUUUAGUUCAGCGAAUGAAGCCGGUAACAAAACAGGAUCUGAUGAGCUGGUGAAGGAGAUAAUUCCAGGAUCUUCACCAUGCAAGGGUGGCGAUAGGUUUGUUCUGCUCCUGAGUAAGCCAUUAUCUCCAGAUAUUUGUGAUACUUCCAGUUCACUGUUGUGUGUCCGCUUUGGAAGUGAAUAUGUUGUCCCAGUGACUCUAUGGAAAGAGCAGGUUAUAAGGGGAGACUCAGUACCAAAAAGUGACAAACCAGGUGUAGUUGUUGCACAACUGGAAACAACUGAUGGCAAGGUCCUGGGGAGCACAAAAUUUUUGUACAAGGAGGAAAUCUCAACAGGUUUUCAGAAGAUUGUCUGCAGUAAAAACUAUGGAGGAAAAUUAAUUAAGGGACUGUCUGAUUUUGGAGCAAAAGAAGAUCCAGUUACAGUCAAUGAGAGUGAGGCAAAUCAAGAUGUAACAUCUUUGCAUACUUCUGAAUCUAGCCUGGCUCUUGCUGGCAUUCUUAAAAUGAUGCUGUACAUAGCAGCCAAGCAUGAUGCCAUUAGUUUUGUUGAGGAUCUUUUUAGAACAAAGGCUGGAAAAGCAGUAAUGAAUUCAUUCAGUAAAAAGGAUCAGCAGGAAGAAACAGCAAACCAAUCAAAUUUAGAGCAACAGCUCUUUUCUUACCUUGAAAAUGUAUCAGGAAGGAUAACUGAAGAAGAAGAAAAGAGAAAUGCAAAGGUGGCUCCCAAAGUUAGCCAGGUUGUGGAGAAGAAACACCCAAAACCUGUUGUAAAACCAGAGCUCAAGAAAAAGAAAAAUCAGAAGGUACUGAAAACGGUUCCUAAGAAUCGAGAUAAAACAAAGCUAACGUCCAAGAAACCAAUAAAUGGAAACGGCUUUGUCACGGGAGGGACUGAUAUAGCCUCCAAGACAAAUUCACUGUUGUUGUUGUCCAACAUUGCACUUGGAGAUUUGAACUCAGAAUCAAUAGAGAAUGGCCUCUCCAGCGAUUCAUCACUGACUUCGCUGCAAGACACAUUGUUGUCGGCGUCUUCCAAGAAAAAGAAGCAGCUUUCAUAUCAGAGCAACAAUGCGAAAAAAUUCACGAGAAAACUAGUUCUACUUCCAACCAGUUCAACACGUUUACCAUCCCAGAAUGCCGCUGUGCACAGGGGUUCUAUACAGUUGGAAAAUCAUAUGCCUCCGGAAGAAGUUAUGAAGGAAGUGCGAACGGUGUUGCACAAUCUUGGGAAGAAAAGAUUUCGUCUGGCAGCCGCUGACUCUUCAGGCAAGUUGGAAUUUUUUAGAGGCACCAAGUGGACCGCAAGGACGCUACGACAAAGAAUAAGAUUUAACUCAGUUUUGUAUGUUGUGCCCUCGAGGUAAAGAGAGCGAUCAGACAGACCCGCGGAAGAUUGCAGAGGGCUUCAGAUAGCUUGGUGCUCUUCAAUUCUAAUGAACCGGCACUGAGUUCUCGUUGGGAUACUUCGUUAUCUAGGUGUUUUUACAAUCGUAAAAUCUUAAGAAAACGUAACAUUUACUUUUUUAUGAAGAAGUUGAAUUCUUAGUGGUCGUCAACUAUUUGAGCUGCGUUGUGAAUAGACUAGAAAGGCUGUGCGUCCAUCAGAAGUACCUGGUAGUUAAUAAAACUCGUAUUUUUCCA